AUGCUGCAUAAUGCAUUUCGAGGCGGUCUGCCCGCCGACGCUGCGCUGCGCUGCUCUGCGCUGCUUCGACCGCGACAUGUCUGCUGCACCGCGCUAGCACACGCCGACCACCCACCACUGCCUUACCGCCGCCGACCGUCCAUACCUGCAAGUCGGUCACGUCCCUGCUACCCGGUUCGAAAUGGCGACGACCGACGACCGAUGCAGCCACGCCUAGAACUUCACAUCGCAUCCCUGGGAAGCAUGUCUCUAUCCUACACCUGUCAUACCCAAGCUCCUGUUAUUCGCACUCUCAUGCGCACAUUGGCGCCCGGCGGCAGCUUUUGCGACGCGCUUGACAUGCGCACCUGCCACCUGCCACCUGCAGCAGUGGCGCGAAGCGGAAAGCUCACAUUCGCAAAACUCAAAGAAUUAGACAAGCGCCUCGUCAAUCUCUGGCAUCCAUCAAGCUGCGGCAAUGGCGCUCGUGAACGUCACCCAAACAGCCGUCGUGCAUAG